GUGAGGAAGGAGGUGGAGUUACACGUCAGUUAGCUCACUCGCGCAGAAGCGUCGCGUCUCUCUGCUGCAUCAGAUUUUUCUCCACUUUAAGUUCCUUGCAGUUGUCUCCUAAUUUUACAAAAUGAACGGGUUAAAGGUUUUAGACGAUGAAACAGUGCCACCGCAAAUGUUUAUUUACGGUUGUGUGCUUGAACCUGGAAAGGAAGUGAAAUUCUGUCCUAAGGAUGAUGGCCUUGAGCAUUGGCUGGAUCUGCGGAUGGCGUGUACUGACCCGGCUACAAAAGAUGAGCUUCAUGUUGUGGAGGUGGAAGGAAAAGACUGUGAUGGUCAGAAAGUGACAGGGACACUGGCUUCUCUGAAGCCUUCCACCCUGCCAAGUGUGUCCCUUGGAGGUUUCACCAUUCCACCGCCCGCAGUUUUCCGUCUGAAGUGUGGUGCCGGUCCCAUCCACAUCAGUGGGCAGCAUGUUGUCUCAAUGGAUUGCUAUCAGUCGCGUGAUGAUGACGAUGAUGAUGAUGAUGGUGAAGAAGAGGAGGAGGAGGAAGAGGAAGAAGAAGACGUCAAAGUUUCCAAAAAAAGACCUGCCGCCUCUCCUGCUUCCAAGUCUCAGAAAAAAAUGAAGAUGGACGUUCAUAUGGAUGAAGACGAUGACGAUGACGACGAUGAUGAUGAUGAUGAUGACGACGACGAGGAGGAGGAGGAAGAAACCCCUGUUAAGGCCAAGCCCGUACAAAAAUCCAGUCAGAACGGCAAAAGCCCAAAAGCCAAUCCUCCCACCCCAAAGCAGGUGAAGACCCCCAAACAAAAAGUGGGAAAAUCACCAAAAUCCCCAACGACCCCCAAGGAAACUCUGCCACUUCCUGAAAUCCAAGCAAAGAUGACUGAAGCAGUGAAGAAGGGAGUGACGCUGCCCAAAGUCCAGGCCAAAUUUGAGAACUUUGUGAAGAAUUCUUUUAGAGUCGCUGAUACUAAGGUUGUUGCUGAGCUCUGGAAGUGGAGACAAACUGUUGUGGACCCAAAAUAAACCCCAUUUUUAGUUUUUAGUUUUUGUUUUGUUUUUUUAAUUUUACCCGAAAUCCCUCUGUGCCUCAACCCUUGUUCUCUCUCAUUAAGUGUCAUCAAUUAUUAAGAGGUUACACGUUUUCACUCCCACCUUUUGUGCAAUCAUACUGGAAUUCAUGAAUAAGUCAUCAGGGACUGGCUUGUGACCGUCCAGAAAUGUAAAUAUAAGACCCUGUAGAUUGACAUGAGAAGCUGUGAUACCAAGGAGUUGAAUAUGCAGAAGAACAAUAUCAUGCAGUGUAACAAAAUGUAAAAGUUAGUCUACCUUGAUGUUGGCUCACAGACGAAUUGUGGUUGUUUGGAAAUGUGAUUUUUGUAAGGUCUUGUGUUUUGAUUUUGGAUUCAUAGCUGAAGUUGUCUUCGUUUCUUUCUGGCCCUUUAGCAACAGAGUUUCAUUCUCUCUCAAAGGAAAACACACUUCAGCAAAUGAUGUUGCCUUGUACAUGUAUCUCUGAUGCAUUUUAGUCAUUUGACCGCAUUUGCACCACUUGUAUUUCAACAGUUUGAAAGGUAUGCACAAGGCCAGUCAAAGUGAAGGCCAUUCCAGAUUCUCAAUAAAGUUGGUUGGCUAAUGA